GCCUGUAUUCGUGAUAAUAUGGCACCGUGUUAAUGUGUUAUUAAAUAUCAAUAAUGCAAUAUUGCAAUUUUGUAAUAUUUUGUUGAAUAGAAACAAAAUUCGUUUCUUUUGAAUAUCUUCUGGAGUAAUUUCGUUGGUUUACAUUAAUUAACAUUCCGAUCGACGAUAACGAACUUCAUCUUCAUCUAUUAUAUCUAGUUGCUUUUAUACAAGUGCAAAAAGCCAUUGUUUAUUCACAAUGGUGAUACAAAAGAAAGAGUUGAUUCUCUUACUAAAACCUUAUUAUUGGAUUAACAUAAUACUUACGUGUUCGUAUGUGUUUUGCAAAAAGACGGAUAUGUUUUGUCAAUAUAUAUUCUCGCCAACUGAAAAGACUUGCGAAUUAGAUGCUAAAGAAUUGGAAAUAUUACUAUUCCUCAUGAUUGUUGUAAUGAUUCGGACAAGAAAAGCUGGAAGUGUCACUAUGUUAGCUUAUCUCUCAUCCAGUUUCUUGUACACUAAAGGAGCAAAUUUAUUAUUGUGGUUCUAUGCAGAUGUUCGAUUUGGUUUAUUCUUCACUGCUGUUAUUAUUGUUGUAAGCUUAUGUCUACCAGAGCCAACAUAUUCAGGCCCAGAAAAUGUGUUGUACUUCAGAUCAUUGGCCACUUUAGAAGAAGCUCUAAAAGAAAAUAAACAGCAUACUGUAUGGCUUGUUUGUUUUUAUACUGUGUGGAAUCCUACGUGUGCUAAUUUUGCUCCAAUAUUUUCACAAUUAUCUGUUCAGUAUGAUACAAAAUAUCUUAAAUUUGGUAAAAUAGAUAUAAGUCGAUAUCCUGAUGCUGCUCAAAAAUAUAAUAUUAGCGAUUCAUCUUUAAGUCGACAAUUGCCAACUGUUAUAAUGUUCAAAAAUGGAGUAGAAGAACUUAGAAGACCAACUUAUGAUAGCAAAGGAAAAAUAUUUAAAUUUUUUUUUACUGAGCCCAAUUUCAAAGCAGUUUUUGACUUGAACAAUGUGUAUAAUCAAUGCAAGUUAGCGGAUAAGAAGAAAAAUAGUGAUGUAGAAGAAACAUCGAAAACUAAUAAGAAAGAAAAGAAGACAUAAAUCAUUUUGAGUAACAGCAAGAUGUAUUAAAAUGUUAUGGGCGUGUGUUUGUGUUAUGAUUUUAUUAUCUGUUUAUUAUUGACAUUAAUGUUGAACUAAAACAUGUGAAUGUACUGUUCUUUAAUUUCAGUCUUUCUCUGUGGAAUUGAUGUUAUACUGAAAACAGUGUUGUAACUUUGAUGAAUGUAGUUGAGAUCAUGGGAUCAUCUGGAUUUUGCAUUUUUAUUUAAAACUUAAAUCAAUAAAAUAU